CCCCACCCCACCCAACCCCGCACCGCGCUGGAGCUGCCGCGCCGCCUCGACCCAAGCCCGAAUUCCAUAAGUGGCAAGGAGUCUGCUGUAAGGUCUGGGCAAAAUGGCGAGCCUUCUGCGUGCUGCUGUUAGUGGGUGCUCCGCUCCUGUUUUCAGCAGUGUCUUACCACCUAAUGUGCAUUCUGCAAAGAUGCCACGAUUGCGAAUGUUUAGAACCCACAGGAUGCUCACGACUCGGGCAGUUCUAAAGCCAGGAAUUCCGUAUAAACAGCUGACUGUAGGUGUCCCCAAGGAGAUAUUUGAGAAUGAGAAGAGAGUGGCUCUAUCACCAGCUGGAGUUCAAGCCUUGGCCAAACAAGGCUUCAACGUUGUGGUGGAAUAUGGUGCUGGAGAAGCUUCCAAAUUUUCUGAUGACCAGUACAGAGAAGUUGGAGCAAAGAUCCAGGGGACCAAGGAAGUCCUAGCUUCUGAUUUGAUUAUCAAAGUGAGGGCUCCUAUAUAUAACUCAGCUCUAGGUGUGCACGAGGCAGAUCUUUUUAAGACGGCUGCUACUCUGAUUAGUUUUAUCUACCCAGCACAAAACCCAGACCUCCUGAAAAAACUUGCAGAGAAAAAAACUACUGUCUUGGCUAUGGAUCAGGUUCCACGGAUCACCAUUGCUCAGGGAUAUGAUGCACUUAGCUCCAUGGCCAACAUUGCUGGUUACAAGGCUGUGGUACUGGCAGCAAAUCACUUUGGUCGAUUUUUCACGGGUCAGAUCACAGCUGCUGGUAAAGUUCCUCCAGCAAAGGUCUUGAUUAUCGGAGGAGGAGUUGCUGGUCUGGCUUCUGCAGGAGCAGCUAAAUCGAUGGGUGCAGUGGUUCGUGGAUUUGAUACUAGAGCUGCAGCUCUGGAACAGUUCAAGUCUCUUGGGGCUGAGCCUUUGGAGGUUGACUUAAAAGAAUCUGGAGAGGGACAAGGUGGUUAUGCUAAAGAAAUGUCCAAAGAAUUUAUUGAAGCUGAAAUGAAACUCUUUGCCAAACAGUGCCAAGAUGUUGAUAUCAUCAUCACUACAGCUCUUAUUCCAGGCAAAAAAGCUCCCAUCUUGUUUAAGAAAGAUAUGAUUGAAUCAAUGAAGGAAGGUUCCGUUGUUGUGGAUUUAGCAGCAGAAUCGGGGGGAAACAUUGAGACUACAAAGCCUGGAGAAAUGUAUGUUCAUAAGGGCGUUACACACAUUGGCUAUACAGACCUGCCCAGCAGGAUGGCUACUCAGGCCAGUACUCUGUAUUCCAAUAAUAUUGUCAAACUCCUAAAGGCUAUUAGUCCUGACAAAGAGAACUUCUACUUUGAUCCGAAAGAUGAUUUUGAUUAUGGGACUCUGGAUCAUGUUAUUAGAGGAACUGUAGUAAUGAAGGAUGGCAAGGUGAUUUUCCCUGCACCUCCGCCAAAUAACAUUCCUCAAGGAGCCCCUGUGAAGCAGAAGACUGUAGCAGAGCUGGAAGCUGAAAAAGCAGCUACUAUUACACCUUUUAGAAAAACUGUGACUACUGCAUCUAUAUACACAGCAGGUUUGGCCAGCAUGUUAGGGCUGGGCAUUGUAGCACCUACUUCUGCUUUCACGCAAAUGGUGACAACAUUUGGCCUAGCUGGAAUCGUGGGGUACCAUACAGUGUGGGGUGUGACUCCUGCUCUUCACUCUCCACUCAUGUCAGUGACUAAUGCUAUCUCAGGACUAACUGCAGUUGGUGGGCUGGUAGUGAUGGGAGGACACUAUUUCCCUGAAAAUGCUCCUCAAAGUCUUGCAGUGCUUUCGGCCUUUAUCUCUUCAGUCAAUAUUGCAGGUGGGUUUCUAGUUACACAGAGAAUGCUGGAUAUGUUCAAACGUCCCACAGAUCCCCCUGAAUACAACUACUUGUACCUACUUCCUGGUGGUGUGUUUGUAGGAGGCUAUGCAGCUGCUCUUAGUGGUGGCUAUCACAUUGAACAGAUGAUGUAUUUAGGCUCAGGCUUAUGCUGUGUUGGUGCCCUGGCUGGUCUGUCCACACAAGGAACAGCUCGUCUUGGAAAUGCUUUGGGUAUGAUUGGUGUUGCAGGAGGCUUAGCAGCAACUCUUGGAUGCCUUAAACCCUCACCUGAAUUGCUGGCACAGAUGUCAGGUGCACUGGCACUUGGUGGUACCAUAGGUUUAACGAUUGCUAAACGCAUCCAGAUUACAGAUCUGCCUCAGCUAGUGGCUGCUUUCCAUAGUUUGGUUGGUUUGGCUGCGGUGCUCACCUGUAUUGCCGAAUACAUGAUUGAAUAUCCUCACUUCGCUGCUGAUCCAGCUGCAAACCUCACCAGGAUUGUGGCAUACCUUGGCACGUACAUUGGUGGAGUGACUUUCAGUGGCUCUCUUGUUGCUUAUGGAAAACUGCAAGGUAUCCUGAAUUCUGCACCACUGCUCUUGCCUGGUCGUCAUGUAUUGAAUGCAGGAUUGUUGGCUGCCAGUGCUGGUGCAAUGAUUCCAUACAUGAUUGAUCCUAGUUACACUACGGGAAUGACUUGCUUAGGUUCCGUGUCAGUUCUCUCAGCCAUAAUGGGUGUCACUUUAACAGCAGCUAUUGGAGGCGCUGACAUGCCUGUAGUUAUUACUGUCCUCAACAGUUAUUCUGGAUGGGCUUUGUGUGCUGAGGGCUUCCUACUGAACAACAACUUGCUGACCAUUGUUGGUGCACUCAUUGGCUCUUCUGGUGCCAUCCUCUCUUACAUCAUGUGUGUGGCUAUGAACCGUUCCCUUGCAAAUGUGAUUCUAGGGGGCUAUGGCACCACAUCAACAGCUGGUGGGAAGCCCAUGGAAAUUACUGGAAUCCACACAGAAAUCAAUGUGGACAAUGCAGUUGAAAUUAUAAAAGAAGCCAAUAAUAUUAUUAUUACUCCAGGUUACGGUUUGUGUGCAGCAAAAGCUCAGUAUCCCAUAUCUGAUCUGGUGAAAAUGUUGAGAGAACAAGGGAAAAAUGUAAGGUUUGGUAUUCACCCUGUGGCUGGUCGUAUGCCUGGUCAGCUGAACGUACUCCUAGCAGAGGCUGGUGUUCCCUAUGAUAUUGUACUGGAAAUGGAUGAGAUCAACAGUGACUUCCCAGAAACUGACUUGGUCCUUGUGAUUGGUGCAAAUGAUACAGUUAAUUCGGCAGCUCAGGAAGAUCCAAACUCUAUCAUUGCUGGAAUGCCAGUUCUUGAAGUCUGGAAGUCCAAACAGGUCAUUGUAAUGAAGAGGUCAUUGGGAGUUGGUUAUGCAGCGGUGGACAAUCCAAUCUUCUACAAGCCUAAUACUGCCAUGUUGUUGGGAGAUGCUAAGAAGACUUGUGAUGCCCUGCAGGCAAAAGUCAGGGAAUUGUAUCAAAAUUAAAUACUGAUCUUGUAUUCCACUCGUGAUUGCAGUUAAUGUUUUGUCACAGAGGUUGUGGAAAAAGGGUUACAGAAGAAUUCUUUACUGUCAUGAUAUAGCCAGCAUUUGAAGAAGACUGCAUUGACUCCUAGGAGAUGUAGUUCAGUUAGGGAGCCAUUGAAUCAUAGAAUGGUUUGGUUUGGAAAACAAACUUAAGAUCUUAAGAUCAUCUAGUUCCAUCCCCCUGCCAUGGUUCCAUUAGUCCAGGUUGCUCAAAGCACCAUCCAGCCUGGCCUUGAACACUGCCACAGAUGGAAUGCAGGCUUUAUGAAAAGAUGGCCAUAUUAGGCCUUCAAACUGAAUCUCCCAUGAGGCAAUGCAUUAAGGAAUGAAAAUGUGCUUUUUAAGGUUAACACUGAGCUGUUAGAAGCAGGAACUGAUAACUUACAGUCAUCUUGAAGUAGUUACUGGCUUCCUCCUCCUUACUGUCUGUACUUCUGUCAUGGUAAUUCACUAGAAAAUACUGUGCCAAACCUGUAUUCUGUCUUAUCAUCAAAGUUGUUCUUUGGCCAGUAUGGACAAAACAACUAUUUAUUUCAUCAAAACUUCAAGCAAAUUGCAAACAGAUGCAAGCAGAUGCAAAUAGAUGCUUACAUGAUCUGAGACUCUGAACAGAAUAUUCUGUUUCUUUUGGGGAUUUUAUGGAUGCUGUGAAUCAGGAACAUUCUAGGAAGGUUACUUUUCUUAAGAACAGUUCCACUUUUUUGUAGUUUAUGCUUACAUUAUGUAAACACAGGAUUUCAGGGACCUACCCAAUGAUUUUCAAGUCUGAGAAGGAAAAGUACACAUACUUGCACAGCUUAACUUUUUUAAGCAGCUGCUAAAUUCUCCAUUUUUUCCAGUUGUUGCCUUUUUAAGUGUCUGAGGAAAAAUACGGUCCUGUUCUGCAGAGGCAGAACAUCUUGCAUACCCAAUCUGUUCACAGAAUUUGGAACACUCUUUCAGUUUAUGUUCACUUAAGCUUUUCACUGUAUUUGCUACUUUGAAAUUCAGUGAUGCUUUCUUAAUUAACAUUUUUGUGAUGCUGGAAAAUGCACUUCCAAACAUAUUUAAGAUGCUGGAUUUUUAUUAGAAUUUUUCUAAAUAAAUAAGCUAUUGUUUGAACAGCACAGAAACAUACCAAUCUUAAAACCGAGUGUUUUGAUUAUUUGACUUCUCUCUAAUCUAAUUAAAAGCACUGUUAAAUUCCCAUAAUAAGUUCAGCAAAGAAUUAAAUUACAUUAUGACAUAGAUUACCAUUUUGUUUUUAUUAUGUUAAGUGUACUUGAGUGAAACUCAAAUAUUUGCCUAUUAAAAUGACUUUAUCAUGUUUCCACAAUGAUGUAGCAACUGUCUGUGGUGAUGAAGGCUAAAUAGAAAUAGCUGUACUUGUGUUAGAAAGCAGUCAUAUUUGGGGAAGACAGACUGUUAUGAAGUAAAUCUAAAAAUCCAUUUUGAUUCAUAGAACAUUUUUUUAUUGUACCAUGUACAGAGACCUCAUUUAAAAUAUAGUAUUUCUACUUAGCUACCUCUGUUUUUAUGUGAAAAUCACUUAAAACACAGACUUUGAACUGAUAAGAAUUAUAUUAAGGGUUGUAACAAUGUACUAAGGAAGCUACCCUUUUUGCAAAUCUCUUUCAUAUAAUUUGAAAUAAAAAUUUUCAUGUAACAUUAAUAUGUUGUACACUGCAAGAAAAGAGUUGUAAUUAAAUUUUAAUUUGAAAACAUUGUGGCAGCUAUACUUGAUUGUAGCGUAUAUGGCUUCUUGAUUUCAUUGUAUUCAACUUUUCUUUUAGGUCUGAAAAAAAAUAGGAAAAUGGGAGAGCAGGAAAGACAAGAAAAUAAUCCUUUGUCUGUCUCCCAACUAAACAAAAUGGGAUUUGAAGGUAUUAACAUCCUAAAGCAUUAAUUUUUGUCUUGUCAAACAUGAUGUAUCUAAAACUGUAUGCACAAUGUUUCUGCUUAUAAGUAGCUUUUAAAAAAACACAACAAAACUACAAACAAAAACAAGGGAGGAGGAACUUAAAAAAUUAAAAAUAUAUCCAUACCAUUAUGUUGGAUUAGAGGUACCAGUGUUAUCUUUGAAGCUGUGCUUUACCAUGGAACACCAGCUGAUCAUUGAAGUGCUAAUAAAGUCAGUUAUUUUUCUUAUUGA